AUGGGUAUUGUCCUGGAAACAAGCUUGGUGCAGAGGUUCUGGGGUAAUGGGGGACCCAAGUGCAGAGACGGGAGGCACAUUGGCAGCGGUAACAAGAGUUUAUUGAUAGUGGCAGAUAGUGUCCGAGAAUCUUUUGGGCAGUUUGGUGACAGAACAGGUGAAUGGCCAGGCAGGUGUUCUGGCAGUUCUUUUUUCUUUUUUUUUGGUCAUCUUUCAGGAGCUGGAGGUGACAUGCAGUGGUGCUUCUCUCAGGUGAAAGGAGCCAUUGAUGACGAUGUGGCUGAAGCUGACAUCAUCUCCACGGUUGAGUUUAACCACACAGGUGAGCUGCUAGCCACUGGUGAUAAAGGUGGGCGCGUGGUCAUUUUCCAACAGGAACUAGAGAACAAGAGUCUGCCUCAGUUUCGGAGUGAGUACAACGUUUAUAGCACUUUCCAGAGUCAUGAGCCGGAGUUUGACUACUUGAAGAGUUUGGAAAUUGAAGAAAAGAUCAACAAGAUUCGCUGGCUUCCACAGAAGAAUGCUGCUCAGUUCUUAUUGUCAACCAAUGAUAAAACGAUUAAAUUGUGGAAAAUCAGUGAACGAGACAGGAGACCAGAGGGCUACAAUCUCAAAGAAGAAGAUGGACGCUAUAAGGAUCCUAAUACUAUCACCUCACUACAGGUGCCAGUUUUGAUACCCAUGGACCUCAUGGUGGAAGCAAGCCCACGCAGGGUGUUUGCCAACGCUCACACCUACCACAUCAACUCAAUCUCUGUCAACAGUGACAAUGAGACUUACUUGUCUGCUGAUGACCUUCGCAUUAACCUUUGGCACCUUGAGAUCACUGACCGCAGCUUCAAUAUUGUUGACAUCAAACCGGCCAAUAUGGAGGAGCUAACAGAGGUGAUCACAGCAGCUGAGUUCCAUCCUCAUCAGUGCAACACCUUCGUCUACAGCAGCAGCAAAGGAACCAUCCGUCUGUGUGACAUGAGGAUGUCUGCACUUUGUGACAAACACUCCAAACUUUUUGAAGAGCCAGAAGAUCCAAGUAAUCGCUCUUUCUUCUCUGAAAUUAUAUCUUCAAUCUCUGACGUGAAAUUUAGCCACAACGGACGAUACAUGAUGACCAGGGACUAUUUGUCCGUAAAGAUUUGGGACUUGAACAUGGAGAACAGGCCUGUGGAGACCUAUCAGGUUCAUGAACACCUAAGAAGCAAACUCUGCUCACUUUAUGAAAACGACUGCAUCUUUGACAAGUUUGAGUGUUGCUGGAAUGGCAAUGACAGUGUGGUAAUGACUGGCUCAUACAACAAUUUCUUCCGGAUGUUCGACCGGGGCCAGAGGCGCGAUGUCACUUUGGAGGCUUCCCGUGAAAACAUCAAGCCCAUGCAAGUCCUGAAACCUCGCAAGGUGUGUGUAGGGGGCAAGCGCAAGAAAGACGAGAUCAGCGUAGAUAGUUUGGACUUUAACAAGAAGAUCCUUCACACUGCCUGGCAUCCCCAGGACAACAUCAUCGCGGUAGCGACGACCAACAACCUCUACAUAUUCCAGGAUAAACCAGAAUGGGUCAUGGUAAUGCUGACAACCAGCAUCCCCUGUUCGUCACGAAUUGGUGACCAGCCUUUGUUUGAGAUGAAGACAGAGGAAGCCUCGCUCUUGCCCAUCAUCAACCUGUCUGUGACAGUGACACCUGCCUUGUUGUUUCAGUGA